UAUUAAUUUUUACUCUGUGCCGAGUUUUCGCCAAAAAUCCGCCCGUUUCACUUGUUUUGCUACAAUGGCCGAACUGUUAAUCGAUCCAAACAUUCGGGGAUGGGUUUUCCUGCCCAUCGUAGUCAUUACGUUCCUCGUGGGAAUCAUUAGACACUAUUUCUCCAUACUGAUAUCGUCGCAGAAAAAGGUGGAAGUGACACAGAUUCAGGACAGUCAGGCCAUGAUUCGUGCGCGAUUGUUGCGGGAAAAUGGAAAAUACCUUACCCAACAAUCGUUCGCCAUGCGUCGGCACUACUUCAAUAACGAAGAAACGGGAUACUUUAAAACUCAAAAGCGUGCUCCACCGAGUCCAAAUUCUACGGCCAUGCUGUCCGAUUUGGUGAAAGGAAACUUUAUCAACGUGCUCCCGAUGAUUGUUAUUGGUGGUUGGAUCAAUUGGAUGUUCUCCGGAUUCGUGACCACGAAGGUGCCAUUUCCCCUGACGCUGCGCUUCAAACCGAUGUUGCAAAGGGGCAUCGAGUUAGCCUCUUUGGAUGCUGCCUGGGUAUCGUCCGCUUCCUGGUACUUCCUGAAUGUGUUUGGGUUGCGAAGCAUUUACACUCUCGUUCUGGGCGAAAACAAUGCUGCCGACCAAACUCAGUCCAUGCAAGAUCAAAUGUCUGGUGCUGCCGUAGCGAUGCCGCAAGAUCCGAAAGCUGCUUUCAAGGCGGAAUGGGAAGCACUGCAAAUCACGGAAUAUCAGAAUGCCCUAGCAAACGUCGAAACAGAGUUGCUCUCGGGCACUGGCAUACCGCUAAUGGGAGAUCAACAUUCAGCGGGCCAAAAUUCCUUGUUCAGCCACACAAACCGCGCGGAGGAUGGACUGCCGCUUAGAAAUUAGGUGUAAUUCAAGGGUUUUUAGAGAAUUGAAUGGUAUGUUUGUUGUGCGUUUUAGAUAAAACAAAAAAGCAGAACUUCUACCGAUCUCGUCGAAGAAAGAUGGUCUGCCUAACUGACCUUGCGUUCAUCGUAGCAGUCUGUGGACUCCGAACUAACGAAAAGUAAAUAAAUGAUGUCAGGAUGAAAACGGUAAACAUAACUUCUUAUUUAUGUCACCCAUUAGAACGGGACAGCCGUGGUACGAUCAACUGUAGUUUUUGUGUUCACUUCACUUCUCACGCUAGAUCAA